AUGUUUUCGACAUCUGUUCCGCCACGGUCGCAUGCAAUAUCUGCCCCACAACACGGCACCUCCACCUUAGACUGUGAUGAGGAUAGCUUUUAUCGCUACACAUCGGGAAGAUGGCUUUGGAAUGAGGAAGAACAACUUUCUCGCCGUUAUGUUAAAUUCAAUCUAGCAGAACUUGUCAGGAUCGCGACCCAGGCGACAGGAUCCAUGUCCUGCGUUGAAGUGCAGAAGCUUCCAGAGGGGAACUUUAAUAAGGUUUUUCUUCUUACAAUGGACGACGGGAAAGAAAUAAUUGCAAAGCUUCCGAAUCCUAAUGCUGGACCUCAAUAUUUUACCACGGCUAGUGAGGUGGCAACGAUGGAUUUUGUUCGGAAUGUCCUCAAUAUUCCAGCCCCAAUGGUGUACGCUUGGAGCCCCUCUACCGAAGAGAUCGGAUCCGAGUAUAUCAUAAUGGAAAAGAGCCGGGGAGUGGAACUUAGCAAGCUGUGGGAUGAUCUAAGAGGUCCCGACAAACUUCAAAUUGUUCAAAAACUCGCUGAGUUUGAGAAAGCACUCGUGUCCACUCCGUUUCCUAUGUAUGGAAGCCUAUAUUACGCAGACAAUCUGCGCGACAUCCAUUCAAAUCAGAUGAUUGAGCUUGGGGAUACAAAGACUGUUGACGAGCAAUUUGCGGUUGGUCCGACCACGAACCGAACGUUCUUCGAUGAUGGCAGAGAUGCCGUUGAUGUCCACCGAGGGCCCUGGGCAUCUCUUGAGGAUUACGCUUGUGCUCGCGCCCACCGCGAACUAGCUUGUCUGCGAACCUUGAAACGUUUCCCACGUCAACAAGGACUCUUUUAUGGGCCUGGUCAAUACCAGCCAACCGCCCAACGGAAGCAAGAGACACUGUGGAAUUACCUUAAGGUUGCUAAAUAUUUAUCGCCAGAAAAGAAAGAAAUAUCCAAGCCUGCUUUAUGGCACCCUGACUUGCACGGAGAUAACAUCUUCGUGAACCCGGAUCAGCCAACAGAGAUUCUGUCUAUUAUUGAUUGGCAGGCCGUGAACCUCUCACCUCUGUUUCUUCAAGCCCGCCAUCCAGCCCUGAUUGAAUUCGAUGGACCCAUCCCCGUGGGACUACAAUCAAUCAGUCUACCCAAGAAUUUCGAUGAGCUCAGCGCGGAAGAGCAGCUCGAGGCGAAGAAGCUUCGUGCUGCACAGUCUCUCUACAAGCUUUAUGAUAUCCAGAUGAUGCAGCAUUGCCCCGAGAUCGCAGCCGCGUUACAGUUCAGAGAUUCACUUCUUGGCCAAAUCACGGGCCUUUCAGGCUCUCUUUUCAGCGACGGUGAACCAAUUGUUCAAGGCAUGCUCAUAAGACUGCAGGAAGAAUGGGCGACUCACGUGGGGUCAUCUAUCCCAUGUCCACUUUCGUUUACCGACGAGGAUAAAGAAAAGCAAAAGGAGGACGAGAGAAAGUGGGCGAGUAGCGUUGUACUACUGGAAGAAUUCCUUGAUCAAGUCGGUGUAUACCGAGGCUGGGACGGCUGGGUGAACCACGGUAGCUACGAGCACUUUAAGGUGCGGUUGGAACAAUGCCGGCAUGGAUUCUUGGAUUCCCAAUGCACUACAAGUGAAGAGAGAAGCCAAUGGGAAGCAAAGUGGCCAUUUGCAGACAAAUGA